GGAACACGACAACCUUAUGCACUUACUGUGCUUACUUCUGAUUGGCUACUGUACAUACGGGGUACAGAGUGUUAUAGUAUUCAAAGACUGUGGGGGACGAUUAUCAGAAACAAAGGGUGUCAUCCAUUCUCCUAAUUUCCCAAAAGAAUUUCCAACUCCUAUACGAUGUGAGUGGGUAAUCUACAACCCACAGACAAGAAAUACAGCUAUCUACCUAACUCAAUUCUACCUCAAGGGGUUUGUCAGUGUUUGGCAAUUUGAGCAUUACUCUAGCCACAGAGAGUAUAUUGAGCCCAGACAACUUGCAACACUAAAUGCUAACAGUGAAAUCAAACAUAUUGUGUCCAAUAAGCCCUACACUGUGAUUCGAUUUGCUGUCUCGGAAAUAAAUGAUAUCAAUGUCCGUGUGUUAGACCACAUCGUAGAUGUGUAUGGAUUUAACAUUACGUAUGAGUUCUUGGACCGUUCCUCCGCCAAUCUUAAGCGUACCUGCUCAGUCCAGGGAUGUUCCUAUCUCGGCAACUGUUACGCCAAUGCCGACUUUUCGGCGUACAAGUGCCACUGUUUCCAUGGAUACCAGGGAAGUAUCUGCCAGUAUGGGGAGCACUGUGACCCAGCAAAGGGGAUUAACCAGUGUAAGAAUGGAGGAGAGUGUCGGUAUUUCUAUGGGACAAAUGUAAACAUCUGUAACUGUACUAAAGGCUUUACAGGGAACAUGUGCGAGGUUCCUUUGUCGGACUAUCUACCAGACGCCUGUGCCUACCUAGGUUGUGGACAGACUUGUAUUGACGACUUACACGGCAAUAAACAAUGUGCAUGCUACAAGGACUACAGGUUGAACGCUGACAAAAGAACCUGUUCACAUAUAGAUCGCAAUCGAAUCAUUGUUACCAUGCAACCAACAGAGAACUACCUCAAGUCAAUUUCUCAAACCGGAAAUAACGUCACUUUCAGCGAUUCAGAAAUAAACAAAGUUCGCCAUGAUAUCGAACUCAGUCUAAAGAACAUUGGCAUCCAAGUAAUGAUGCAUUUCAGCUUUAUUGGAAUAAGUCCAUCAGCAUCCAAAAUAUGUGAAUUUCGCUUCAUCAUCGAGGCUGCUGAACAACACAAGAUGGGGGGCUUUGAGAGAACUCUUUUGGGAAGAGGCUAUGUUGGCGAAAUUCCAUUCUACAACACAUCAUUAUCAAUCAAAAGCAUUCCAGUGCUCCACCUGAUAGAGGUCGUGACGACAGAGGAAGAACACGAUUCCUUCUGGGGUGACGAUUACAUCAGUUACACUAUUGAGGGCAAGUUCUUGACCAUUUCCUGCCUUGUGCGGGGCUCGGAGAACACUUCCUUCCGCUGGUUUAAGGACGGGAUGCUGAUCGACAUGAACCUGGCCGCCAGACAGGGUUACCAGACUGUCAUCAACUCUCGACUGGACGGGACCAUCCGAUCUGUACUGUACUAUGGAAGCGUCAAGGCAUCAGAUAGAGGUGAAUAUACCUGUGAGGCAAGGGAUUAUGGUAUUGCUCAGAAUAAGUCAGACCUGGUGGAUGUGAUCACGACGCCGAUGGUGGAUAUCGAUCCAAUGUCGGAUUACGUUCCAUUCAACGGAUCCAUCCGAAUCAGAUGUCUAUCUUUUGACCAGGAUGCCCUCAAAUACGACUGGUAUGUUAACAACAUUCUCAUCAAAAGAGCGCGCUCUGACAUGAUUCCGGAAACACUACAGCCGGCCGGCUCUCAGCUCUACGUACGCACUCUCCAGAAGCGGGCCAUUUUUACCUGUAAAGUCACAAACGCUGCCGGUGCACAGAACGUAACUGCUGAUAUAUAUGUACAGGCAGCCUUUCAAGCCAACGACACUUGUCCCCAGCAGUGGUAUAAAAGCAUCUUGUGGGCGGAAAUGGCAGGAGGUCACUACAGGAAAGAAAGAUGUCCAGCAGAAGCUGGAGAUUUUCAAAAUUAUAUCCCGAUAGAUACUGGAUUUGUGACGAGAAAAUGUCUUUGUAAAAACGAAGGAAACAGGCGGGUUUGUUCCUGGAAAGAACCCAAUUUUUCCAUGUGCCAGUCAGUUAGUCUUGUCCGAAUUUACGACGAGAUGGAGAUAAUUCGGCUUGGAUACCGCUCGUCUUCUCUACAGUUCGUGUUCGAUCAUCUCUACCGGUACGCCUCCAAUCAUCAGAACAGAAUGUACUCCGGGGACGUAGAAAUCGCCGCAAAUGUUUUACUGAAACUCCUCCAACACCUGGCCAGGUUCCCAUCUCUAUCAGAGGGUGGAUCCAAAAUCUCCUUCGUGAAUGUUGUUUAUUUAUUGGACCAAUUACUGACAGCUAUUUCAAAUUCAACUAAGGAAGAGAAAGAGGCUGUGAGUUUUGGGAGCAAUAUGGUUGGGAUCUUGGACGCCCUGACGUCUAACAUGUCGGGAUAUCUGGAAUUCUCUCCCCACACGGAUGUACUCUCGGACAAUAUUGAAUAUCCAGUAAUAUCUAUUGCACUGCGAAGUUUGACUGAAAUGUUUCCAGAAAAUAUUGAAAGAAAACAGCACCAGAGGUCUGUGACAGAUAUGUAUGAUGUCGGUCUGUUUCCAAGAGAAAGCUUUUCAGCAGAGCGUGUUAUUGGGGAUAUUAAAAUACCACGUGUGACCUUUGUUUUUGCUGAAGAUUAUUCGGAAUUCAUUUGUCUGUCUCUGGAAAAGAAUCCGAGAUACACAAAGCACGAAUGGAAGAACAGUAAUUGUGUGUUUGUUUCAAGUGACGAUACCCACAUCACGUGCCAGUGUGCACUUCCUGUCAAAGUACACGUGGUGGGCAUCAAACAAAACGAAACGAUUAUCAUUCCUUCCACGGAAGAAAACAACGAUCUUCUCCUGGUGGGCUGCAUUGUUGCCAUGUCCGGCCUGGCCGCCAUAUUCAUCGUUACUCUUUUUUGUUGGAGAAAAUUAUCAGGGGAGGUGUACAUUAUACAACUGAGCUUUGUUCUUGUGUUGAGUUGUUUGAAUGGCGUGUUUAUCUUAUGUCUCUACCAGUCCCAUUCCGAGAUUAUAUGCAGAGUUGGGAGAAUUUUGGCCUUUUUCCUGUACUCGGCAGCUUUUUCCUUCCUUCUGGUGGAGAGCUUUCAUCACUUUUUCACCAUUUAUAAAAAAGGCCAAGUUGGAAAAAAUCGCUAUAAAUACUUGGCUUUUGGAUGGGGAUUUCCCUUGGUGUUUGCAAUAUUUUAUACCGUGGCAUCGGAAAUGUUUGGUUUUCCAAUCAAAGGUUCAUUCAAAUGCUGGUUACAGAAGAGUCAUUGGUCAUUUUAUUUAUUUGCCAUUCCAGUCGCCAACAUAUCAUGUGUGAUAUUUGUAUUCAGUGUGUUAGUCCUUAAUUCCAAAACCGCGAAAACUGACGAGACAGUCCAGGGACAGAAAAAGAUAAUGCUCCGUAACUGCACAAAAACCAUUGUUUUGCUGUUGGCGGUUGUCGUCGAUGCUUUCCUAUCCAUGGAUAUACCGUCACAUCAAGAUUCAAUGCAGCUUAUCUUUUUACUUAUAUGCAAAACUGCGAUGGUGAUAUCAAUUUUCAUGGUCAGAGUUGUGCUGGACAAACAGGUAAGUUGAGUGUGGAAAUGUUUUUCUAUAAAGGCCAACAAAUCUAACGAAAGUUCAGAUGAGGCUGAACAGAUGUGCAAAGGUGUUUGCAAUUGUUUUAAUCAUCCCACGCGGGAGCAGGAGAAAGCGAACAAAUAUUAUGCAGAAGUGAAUAGAGCAAAAUACACUGCCGAAAGAAAGCGUCAAUUAUCUUCCCUGUUAGGAAGCUCUGCCGCUCACGAACUUCCGCUCAAUAGUCCAGACACGAGCAGCGCUACAGGAUCGAACAAAGAAGUGAAAGACGAAGCACAAGACAGAACUAGUCAAAAUGCAGGUCCGCAUCUAUACAUUCAUUCUAACGGCAGCAAAGGUGUCACUUUUGUCUCAGAAAAACUACCGCCUUUGAUCCAAAAUGGUGGAAUUGUAAGUGGACAAGGAAGUGACGGACAAGGUGUCAAUAUAACAAACGCUCAGGCCCGGAAGAAUGGCUAUAAAAGAGUGCAGAAUUCCCAGAUCGAGGCUGAGGAAGAAUUAACUGCUUUAAUACAUUCCACUGCCGAAGGAAAUAUUAAGCGAAAGCAAUUACUAUAAAUUCAUUCCAUCCAUGUGUACAAAAAUUUGUUUUUAAUUUAUUAUAUAUGUCUCAUUGAAUCCCGAUGUUUGAUAAACACUUCGAGGUCUUUCAACUUGAGAAGCCGUGUUUCUUGUAAAAAACAAAUUUUUAUGCAAAAUCUAUUAUAAAUGUG